AUGAUGUGUCGGUUGGCGAUCCGACGUGUCUCGGUGACGUGUCUCCUGCAGGUGGGCCGCGGAGGGAGGAGCGGCGGGACUGAAGGCGGAGGUGCCGGGGAGCGGCGCCGGAGGAGGAGCGGAGGCGGCCGGAGUCCAAAGCGACGCUGCGAGGGAGGUGCCUGCGGCCGCAGCGGAGGAGGCGGCGGAGAUGGUGAUGCGGAGGGCUGCUCGUGGUGGUUGCUGGGCGGAGCAGCUGCACCGGAGGCGGCGCCCGGACGGAGUAGCUACACGGGACGCGACGCGACGCGGAGGGUGGGCAGCGCGGCUCGGAGCUCGGACAGACGCGGUGGCGCGGGACGCUGA